AUGACAGUGGUGCCAGGGGAGAACCUGGAUGAGACUGUGGCACUGGCAGACCCGGAGACCCGAGCCCAGAACCAGAACCAGAACCAGGACUGCUGCGAGCGAGUCGUGGUCAACAUCUCCGGGCUGCGCUUCGAGACGCAGCUCAGGACUCUGGCUCAGUUCCCGGAGACCCUCCUCGGGAACCCCAAGAAGAGGAUGCGCUUCUUCGACCCUCUGAGGAACGAGUACUUCUUCGACCGGAACCGACCCAGCUUCGACGCCAUCCUGUACUACUACCAGUCCGGAGGGAGGCUGCGCAGACCCGUCAACGUGCCCGUGGACAUCUUCAUGGAGGAGAUCAAAUUCUACGAGCUCGGAGAGGAGGUGAUCGAGAACUUCAAGGAGGACGAGGGCUUCAUCAAGGAGGAGGAGCGCCCGCUGCCCCAGAACGAGUUCCAGAGGCAGGUCUGGCUCCUGUUCGAGUACCCGGAGAGCUCCGGACCCGCCAGGGCCAUCGCCAUCGUGUCCGUGCUGGUCAUCCUCAUCUCCAUCGUCAUCUUCUGCCUGGAGACCCUGCCGGAGUUCAGGGAGGAGGCCCGGAGCUUCGAGGAGCAGCCAGCGGGGAACGGCACCGGCACCGGCACCACAAAGAAGCCCAACCCGUUCACGGACCCGUUCUUCAUCGUGGAGACCCUCUGCAUCAUCUGGUUCUCCUUCGAGCUGCUGGUGCGGUUCCUCGCCUGCCCGAGCAAGCCCGCGUUCUUCAAGAACAUCAUGAACACCAUCGACAUCGUGGCCAUCAUGCCGUACUUCAUCACGCUGGGGCUGGAGCUGGCGGAGCACCAGGGGAACGGGCAGCAGGCCAUGUCCCUGGCCAUCCUCAGGGUCAUCCGCCUGGUGCGGGUCUUCAGGAUCUUCAAGCUCUCCAGACACUCCAAGGGGCUCCAGAUCCUCGGGCAGACCCUGAAGGCCAGCAUGCGGGAGCUGGGGCUGCUCAUCUUCUUCCUCUUCAUCGGGGUCAUCCUCUUCUCCAGCGCCGUCUACUUUGCAGAGACGGACGACCCUGAGUCCGGGUUCUCCAGCAUCCCGGACGCGUUCUGGUGGGCCGUGGUGUCCAUGACCACGGUGGGCUACGGGGACAUGUGUCCGGUGACCAUCGGGGGGAAGAUAGUGGGCUCUCUGUGCGCCAUCGCCGGCGUGCUCACCAUCGCGCUGCCGGUGCCGGUCAUCGUGUCCAACUUCAACUACUUCUACCACCGGGAGACGGAGCACGAGGAGCAGUUCCAGUACACGCACGUCACGUGUGGCCAGCAGGUCGACCGGACCGACAGCAACCCGUCUCUGACCAAGUCCGACUACCUGGACAGCGAGGACGCGCACUCCAUCAACUACACCAACACCAGCCCGCACAGGGCCUACACCGGGAGGCUCACCGACGUGUGA